CAGUUUCUUUGUACUUGACAGAGCAGAGACGGAGAAACACGCUGCCGUGACUCACCGCCGCAGACACACACCGACUCCUCGUGGCUGAGCCGGCCCGAGCAUCAGACCUCUUCCCCGGACAAAGACAGGAGCAGCAGCCGGAGACGGAGCGACGGGAAGCUUCGAGGAAGAAGAAAAAAAAAGAGGAAACUAGUGAGCAGCGAUGUCUGCGGUGAAGAAGAGAAACUCCAACUCGUCGGCGGACCGGGAGGAGGACAAGCAGGUCACCGAGAAGAUGCUGGACAAGCCGGGGUCCGGUGGAGGAGACGCCGGGAGCCCGGCGGGGGACGGAGCGGAGGACGGGGUGGUGCUGAAGAGGACCAUCACCCUGCUGAACGGCGUGGCCAUCAUCGUGGGCACCAUCAUCGGCUCGGGCAUCUUCGUCACCCCGACCGGCGUGGUCCGGGAGGCCGGCUCGGUGGGGCUGUCCCUGAUCGUGUGGACGGUGUGCGGGGUCUUCUCCACGGUGGGCGCCCUCUGCUACGCGGAGCUGGGCACCACCAUCACCAAGUCCGGGGGGGACUAUGCCUACAUCCUGGAGGUGUACGGCUCCCUGCCCGCCUUCCUCAAGCUCUGGAUCGAGCUGCUCAUCAUCCGGCCGUCCUCGCAGUACAUCGUCGCCUACGUGUUCGCCACCUACCUCCUGAAGCCGCUGUUCCCGGUGUGUCCGGUGCCGGAGACCGGGGCCAAGCUGGUGGCCUGCCUCUGCAUCCUCCUGUUGACCUUCGUGAACUGCUACAGUGUGAAAGCUGCCACCAGAGUGCAGGACUUCUUCGCUGCAGCCAAACUUCUCGCACUCGGACUCAUCAUCAUCAUCGGCUUCGUCAAGAUCGGCCAAGGUGGAACUGAUGAUCUUCUUCCAGAAAAUUCCUUCAAGGGCUCCAAAUAUGAGUUCGGCAGCAUCGGCCUGGCGCUCUACAGCGGUCUGUUCGCCUACGGGGGCUGGAACUACUUGAACUUCGUAACCGAGGAGAUGAUUGAGCCUUACAAGAACCUUCCUCGAGCCAUCAUCAUCUCUCUGCCCAUCGUCACUGCCGUGUACGUCCUCACCAACCUGGCUUAUUUCACCACACUGUCCCCAGAUCAGAUGCUGCAAUCAGAGGCCGUUGCUGUGGAUUUCGGUAACCAGCACCUGGGUCCGAUGGCCUGGAUCAUCCCGGUGUUUGUAGGUCUGUCCUGCUUCGGUUCAGUCAACGGUUCGCUCUUUACGUCGUCCAGGUUAUUCUUUGUUGGUUCUCGGGAAGGUCACCUGCCCAGCCUGCUAUCCAUGAUCCACCCCACUCUGCUGACCCCACUGCCCUCACUUUUAUUCACUUGUUUGAUGACGCUGCUCUAUGCCUUCUCCAACGACAUCUUCUCCGUCAUCAACUUCUUCAGCUUCUUCAACUGGCUCUGUAUCGCCAUGGCGAUCGUUGGGAUGAUGUAUCUCCGUUUUAAGAAGCCCGAGUUGGAGCGACCGAUCAAGGUGAACAUCCUGCUGCCGGUGAGCUUCGUCCUCGCCUGCCUCUUCCUCAUCGUCGUCUCCAUCUGGAAAACUCCCAAAGAAUGCGCCAUCGGCUUCGGCAUCAUCGCCACCGGAGUUCCCGUCUACAUGAUCGGCGUCUGGUGGAAGAACAAACCCAAGUGGCUGCUGCAUGGAAUCUUUUCCACCACAGCUAUGUGUCAGAAGGUGAUGGAGGUGGUUCCUCAGCAGUCGUAGAAGCCCCGCCUCCCACCUCAGCCGGCGGCCAAUCAGACUGCACUACAGUGACCUCUGGGCUCCGACAUCACGACCGAUGAAGCUUGACCUCUGUUGACCAGUUCUUUGCCCUAUUCUCCCACACAAACACACACAAACACACACAAACACACACAAACAGACCCACACCCUGUCCAGUCUGCAGGGCGGCGAUGAGGACCUGAAAGAGGCAACUCCGCCGUCUUCUCCUUUUGUCGUUUUCUCUUCAGUUUCUUUUGUUCCUGACAUUUUUGGGUUGCUUUUUUCACUAUUUUUAGUCUCUGCCAUUUGUAGUUUCUUAUGCGUUGUUGUUUCUCAUUGAGUUGUUGUUGUUUUGUGAACACGUUCAGGUAAAGUGACCCUCCCUCUGUCUCAUCAGAUCCCUCUAAGUGUUUAGAAAGUCGUGCCUUACGUGGCAUUAAUGAAUUCAGAGCCGCCGCAGGAGUUUGUCAGUUGUUGACAAUGACGGAGAUUAAAUCCUGAGCAAACAGGGAGCCGCGGGACUUUUGAUUUCCAGAAGUGGAAGCGGCGUUGAUGUCAUUUAGCAGCUUGAAGCGUCCUGCUGUCGCUGGAUGUUGUUACAUGUCGGCGUCUGUGCUGCUUUACCAAUGAGAGAAUGAAAUCUUCAGAGACUUUUGAUAGCAAUCAGCUGCUGCGGUUUACCCUCAUGCAGGUCGGGAAAUGAAGCCCAUUUAGUAUUUGUCCUAUUUGAGGGUUGAAUAAGUCAUUACAUGCAUGUGCAGUCUACUGAUGUCGUCUCACAGGAUUUCUGUGUAUUUUUUGUUGAAAGAGCCCAUUUUAUGCACAUUUAUUUUGUCUUCUAGAGCAUAUUAGGUGGUUUAAUGUUCAAAAAACACAUUAUUUCAGUCAUAGUGUACCUCCUCUUCGGAUCGUCUGUCUGAAAAGCUUUGUUUUAGCUCCAUUUUCUGUGUUGUGAUUGGUCAGCUGGUCCGACAAAUGCAAAGGUUUUGUACUGUAGCUCCAAAGCUCAAGGGCCAAACUAGCUGCCAAGGAGUUGCUAUGCUAAUAUGUUGCAUGGUGACAUAAACGGAAGAAACUUUAAGGAUUUAAAUGAGGCAUUUCAGGCAGAUAAGGAGCAUCAUUAUAACACUAAAUUAAAGGGAAAACACCCUUAGAAAAGCCUAAUUUGAGUUCUUUAAAUCACCAGAUCGACAGAGUUGGGAAACCGUCUGCCACUGAAGAAAAGUGGGUCAAAACUUUUUUCUGCUGUUGGUUAUUUUCCGGGUCACUGAGCUCGUGUUCACUUUGGGGAUCGAUAUGUGAGCAUUCUGAGCUGCCAGAGCGCCGUCGAAGCUCCGCCAGAGUCGAGUUUUUUCAGCCGAUUUACUGUAAAAACUGUUAAAAAAAAAACACAAAAAAAAAACCACACAAACAGGUCAGAACAAGAUGCUUUUAGCGUAGCUCGUGUUUUUGUGGAGGGAAGUUUUCACUGUUCUGUUCUCUGUUACACUUUGCUGGUGGGUGGAAGGUCAAAGAGGAUGACAGGCUUCAGUCUGUGGAGAGAAAAGCGAAGGAGGGAGUUUAUUUUUGAUUAUUUUGGAGGAAGUGCAGACAGAUCACAGUAUGAACUGCUAGUUUUCAUUCUUUUUUUCUUUUUUUUUUUACUUCACACACAGUCAGGCGACAACCAGAAGAAGUUUAGUGCUGUAAUAUUAUUAUUAUUAACGUCGUCCUCCAUCCUGGCAAAAAGGACCAAAAGCACAUGUUGCCGUGGAAACGGGAGGGGUAAAAAAGUGUGACUUUUUAGAGCUAGAAGUCUUUUUUCUUCUAACACUCCAGCCGUCGCACAGGGCCGAUGGGGGGAAUAAAACUAACCUGGAUAGGACUGUAGAAAGUUUAUUUAUUUAUUUUUAGUAAACUUUGUUUGUUAUUUAGUCCCUCUAAUUUGUUUACAGGGCAUUUUGUGGAGAAGUGCUUUACAAAUAAAUCUUGAGUUUUUUUUCCA